AUGAAAUCAUUAAUUUUCGGUCUUUCCCUUGCCGGCGCGGCUGUCGCCCAAAUUGCCAAUGGAGUCUCAAUGGUGCCAGCUCCCGCCGUUUCAGCCCUCAACAACGGUGCUACCCCCAUGCCUUCCUCAUCCAACCCCGCCCCCAUGUCCCAAGUCACCCAACCGCCGCAGUCGACAGACGACAUCUACAAGGAGAUGCCCUACUCAUCGUACAUGUCCGGCGGGUAUAAGAGCUUGAACUGUGGUUACGGGUACUCGAAGCAGUCGGAUAACUCCUGCAAGCGCGAGCCCUGGUACACUCCGUCUUACGACUUUGGCUGUUAUGAGACCAUCAUCAUCAACCGCAAGUCGAACAACAACUACGAUGGUGGAUACUGCCAGCCCAACGACAAGACGGUGACCAUGACGGAGACCAAAACGGUGACCAUGACGGAGGCCAAACCGACAACGGUCACAAUGUUCGAAACCAAGACCAAGUUCAUGACCGACUUUUCGACAAUUGUGUCUACCGAGGUCAAGACGGCGAUUGAGACCAUGUUCACAACCCGCGUCUGGGUAUCGACAGAGACCAAGGACAGGACAAAGACCAUCGAUCACACGCUCACAACGACCGAUGUCAUGACCUCCACUCGUAUCUGGACAACAACCAACACCCAGACCGCGACAAAGACCGUUGACCACACCAUCACUGAUCUGAUGACCGUCACGAUGACCGACACCAUUGUCAAGCCCACGACCUACGUCAAGACCUGGGUGUCCACCACCGUCAUCGACAACACCAAGACCCUGCGGGAGACCAAGACCGACACUGUUACCAGCCAGGUCACGGACUUCAAGACGAAGACGAUGACAGACACUGUCACCAACUUCCAGACGAUGACUGACACCAUGACCGUCGUCCGCCCGACCACUGUCAUCUCCACUUGGCUCACUACCUCCGUCAACGACAGGACUGAGACCUUUGUCAGCACCGUCACGGCCACCAAGACGGACCAGGUCACUGAACUCCAGACCACCACAUUUGUUUCUCUCCGGACCGAGACAGCGACCGUCACUACGACUAACGUGCGCAACGUUCAGGAGACUGGUCUCUCGAACUGCUUGUACAACUGCAAGACGCAGUACGGUCUCGGUGGUGGUAACAGCAACAAACAGAACACCUACGCCAACCAACCUACCAGCACUUCCAUCAUUCCCGAUAACGAGCCCACUCCUGCUGACUGUGGCUCGUCGGGAUGCGGUGGUGACGAUAGCUACAAGCCCACCAGCACAUCGAUCAUUCCUGACAACGAGCCAACACCCGCUUCUUCCGACUGUGGCUCGUCAGGAUGUGGUGGUUCGAGUGACUCGAACAGCUACGGCUACUAA